AAGGGCUGACAUUUGAAACAGAACCGUGUGAGCUGACGGUGGAGGAUUGACAUAUCAUAUAAUCACAAAUAUCAUACAGGUGUCUGAAAUAGGUUGCCAAACGCCAAUAAACACCAAAGAAGAAAAAGAAAAAAAUGUCUGAAAUGAAGGGCGCGCUGGAGCUGCUGCAGAGGGUGAGCGCGCACCCGGACGCGCGCUGCUGGUGUGUCGCGUGGAGCCCGUCGGGCACUCUGCUCGCGUCCUGCGGCGGGGACCGCGCGAUUAGAAUUUGGGGUAAAGAAGGGGACAGUUGGGAGUGUAAGUGUGUCCUGGCCGAUGGACACCAGCGUACGGUCAGAAAGGUGGCCUGGUCUCCCUGCGGGAAAUAUCUGGCAUCAGCCAGCUUUGAUGCCACAACAUGCAUCUGGAAGAAGACGAAUGAUGAUUUUGAGUCCCUGACAGUGUUAGAAGGUCAUGAGAAUGAGGUCAAGUGUGUGGCUUGGGCUCCAUCUGGAAGCUUACUAGCCACCUGCAGCAGAGACAAAAGUGUUUGGAUCUGGGAAGUGGACGAGGAGGAUGAUUAUGAGUGUGUAAGUGUUGUGAAUUCACACACGCAGGACGUGAAACAUGUCGUUUGGCACCCAACGCAGGAGCUUCUCGCGUCAGCCAGUUAUGACAACAAAGUGUGUAUUUAUAAAGAGGAGGAUGAUGACUGGGAAUGUAGAGCCACAUUAGAGGGUCACGAAUCCACGGUUUGGAGUCUGGCCUUUGACCCUGAGGGACAGAGAUUGGCGUCUUGUAGCGAUGAUCAUACCGUGAAGAUCUGGAAGCAGUCGACGGCUGGAGAUGGUUCAUCGGUUGAGUCCUGGAAGUGUCUUUGUACCUUGUCUGGAUUCCAUGGAAGAACAAUAUAUGAUGUUGCAUGGUGUCGUCUGACCGGUGCCUUGGCCACAGCAUGUGGUGAUGACAGAGUCCGAGUAUUCAAAGAAGACCCCACCGCUGACCCAGAGCAGCCCGUCUUCUUCAUGUCAGCCCAUGUGCCCAAAGCCCACACUCAGGACGUCAACUGCGUGUCCUGGAACCCGAAGGAGACGGGGCUGCUGGCCACCUGCAGUGACAACGGAGAGUUUGCCAUCUGGAAUUACAGCUCUGAUUCCUGAGCUGUGGAAUGACACUCGAUCAAACAAGAGCACUGAAGGAGUUUCAUGGCUCAUAAUGGGGAACAGUAGCUGUUCUUAUUCUGAGUGUGUUGGCAGCACCGGAGGAAUGAUUCGAAAGACAAUACACUUUUUAACUCGCCUAAUUCUCUGCUAGUGUUUUUGAUGGGUCAGUUGUAACUUAUCAGAAUUUCUUUUGACAGAAUGGAUUUAUUUUAGCUUU